AUGGCGCUGACACUCAUAUGUCGAUCAUCUUGUACAAUGUGGAUGAGUUUCUACAUUGCUUUUUUAACUCUUCUACUUAUCCAAGCUCAUGCUCAACCAGGAUUCAUCAGCAUAGAUUGCGGAGCUGAAGCAGGUGUGAAAUAUACCGAGCAAAAUCUAGCCAUAGAUUACGUUUCGGAUGCAGAUUUCAUAAAUACUGGUGUGAUUGGGAUAAUAGCAUCUGAAGAGCUCAACAGAUACGAUCAACGACAACUGUGGAGGCUUAGAAGCUUCCCGGAAGGAAAAAGGAACUGCUACAAAAUAAGCGUCACAAGAGGCUCUAAGUAUCUCAUCCGCACGAUUUUUGUGUAUGGAAAUUAUGAUGGCCGAAAUAUGGCACCGAAGUUUGAUCUUCUUCUGGGACCUAACCACUGGGAUACAAUCACUACACUCAAUGCAUCCAAUCUCGUGUUCAUGGAGAUCAUUCACGUACCUUCACUGGACUAUGUACAAAUCUGUCUGGUUAACACAGACAAUGGCACACCAUUUAUAACAGCUAUAGAAUUGAGGACUUUGAAAAAUAAUACAUACGUCACUCAAUUUGGAUCACUGAAAAGUUACCGGCGGUGCGAUUUGGGUUCAAACAGAGGCUACAGGUACUGGGCUGAUGUUCAUGAUCGUUACUGGUACCCCUGUAACUUUGGUGAAAAUAAGAAACAACUAAAUGGUUGGACUCGAUAUGAUUCUUUGAAUGGGAGCGAUCUUUACCAACCGGGAGCUUUAAUCAUGGACACGGCACUUGAAUCAGAAAAUGAUAAUGCUCCAUUGGUAAUAAGGUGGGAGCCAAAAGAUGAAACUGACCGAUUCUACGUGUACAUGCACUUUAAGGAGAUCCAACUGUUAACAAGAAAUCAAACAAGACAAUUCAACAUCACGGUGAACGGUGAAUUAAGAGUUCAAAAUUUUUCUCCUCAGUACCAAAGUGUGGAUACUAUAUAUACGACGUCAGCGAUAAGCGGGAAAGAAAUUAAAUAUACCCUAGAGAGGACCGAAAAUUCAACCCUGCCUCCCAUCAUCAAUGCUAUUGAAAUUUACGAAGUAAUAGACUUACAGAAACCACAAACAUUUCAAGGAGAUGUUGAUGCAAUUACAAGCAUUAAGUCAGUUUAUGGAGUGAAAAGGGAUUGGGAAGGUGAUCCAUGCGCCCCUGCAGCAUACUUGUGGGAUGGUCUCAACUGUACUCAUCUCGGCAACGAGAUCCCAAGAAUCACGACUCUGAAUUUAUCUUCAAGUGGAUUGUCAGGAAAGAUAGACCCUUCUAUCUCAAACCUCACCAUGUUGGAGAACCUGGAUUUAUCUAAGAAUAACUUAAAUGGUGAAGUUCCUGAUUUUCUGUCUGAAUUACAAAACUUGAAGAUCUUAAACUUGGAGAAGAAUAACCUCUUCGGUUCGAUUCCCUCUGCACUUGUUCAAAAAUCACACCAAGGUUUUCUCUCACUAAGAGUGGGUCAAAAUCCAUAUCUAUGUGAAUCUGGACAAUGCAAUGAGAAGGAAAAGAAAAUCACUGUUACACCCAUAGUAGCAUCAGUUAGUGGGGUUUUAGUUCUUCUAAUAGCCGUUGCUAUGUUGUGGAUCUUUAAAAGGAAAAAAUCAAAAGUUGAGAAAUUUACAGAUUCGGAGGCGGUAAAUCAUCCGAAUGAGAUUUCACAGCAAUCCACAGAAAAGGAUGAAUUGUUCCUGCAACGCAAAAGUCAAAUGUAUUCAUACUAUGAUGUCCUUCAAAUCACUAACAAUUUCAAUAAAAUUAUUGGUAAAGGAGGAUUUGGAACAGUUUACCUGGGCUUUAUCGCUGACACUCCAGUUGCAGUGAAAAUGCUUUCCCCAUCGGCAGCUCAUGGUUAUCAACAAUUUCAAACAGAGGUUAAACUUCUAAUCAGAGUCCAUCACAAAAAUUUGACAUCCCUUGUUGGUUACUGUAACGAAGGAACCAAUAAGUGCCUUAUAUAUGAAUACAUGGCUAAAGGGAACUUACGAGAACAUCUCUCAGGUAAACACAACGAAUCACCAUUCUUGAGCUGGAAGGACAGACUUCGUGUAGCAGUGGAUGCAGCCUUAGGAUUGGAAUAUCUGCAAAAUGGUUGCAAGCCUCCUAUAAUCCACAGAGAUGUAAAAUCUACAAACAUCUUGUUGGAUGAACACUUCCAAGCAAAGUUAUCUGAUUUCGGUCUAUCCAAAGUUGUCCCAGAUGAUGGGAGGUCUCAUGUGUCAACUGUUGUUGCCGGUACUUUUGGUUAUCUGGACCCUCACUAUCACUCUUCCAAUAGAUUAACACAGAAAAGCGAUGUUUAUAGCUUUGGGGUUGUUCUUUUGGAAAUAAUCACAAAUCAAGCAGUAAUGGCAGAGAAUGAAGAACCGGGUCACAUAAGUGAACGAGUUAACUCCAUGAUAUCAAAAGGGGAUAUCAGGGCCAUAGUUGACUCAAGCUUAGAAGGAAAUUUUGACAUAAACUCAGCGUGGAAAGCUGUAGAAAUAGCAAUGGCUUGUGUUUCUCCAAAUCCAUACGAAAGGCCAAUGAUAAGUGUGGUAGUGAUUGAACUACAGGAGGCUUUAGCGACGGAAUUAGCAAGAACAAAGCAUGAUAGUGGUGCUGAUCUCAGGUAUUCAGUUGCACCGGUCAGCGUGAAUGUAGACACCGAAUUCAUGCCCUCGGCUAGGUAAACACUUACUCAACAUAAGAAUAAUAAAAUAACGUUGUAACAAGGGAAAUUGAUGUUGUACAAGAAGUUGGUUAUUAGGUGCUUUACUUUGAUCACUUUUCUUAAUCUGUGUUGUUUCGGAAUGUAGAAUGCA